AUGCCUCAAGCGUGUGUUUCUGAUGGAUGUAAAUACACAUCACGUGUUUUAUGUCAUUGUUGUAACCAAAAUUUAUGUCUGGAACAUUUAAAACAACAUAAUGAAGCGAAUAAUGCUCAAUUAAAUCCAUUAGCUGAUGAAAUUAAUACUCUCAGUGCGGAUUUAAUCUCGUUAAACUGUGAUAAAUUGACUCAAAAGUCUCGCGAAAAACUCGACCAAUGGCGUGAGAAUUGUUUCGCAAAAAUCAAUGAAUUCUACGAGAAGAAAUGUGAAGAAUUAACUCGACAUUGUCACAAACAGAUUGACGUGUUACAACAUGAUCUCGAACAGAUUCGUUCGAAGAUUUGCAAAUCGAUCGACGAUCAAGAAAUUACGAAAGAAGAUUUGGAAAUUUUACAAAUAAAUCUCGCAGAUCUGAAAUACAAAUUGUUUCAAUUUCAACAAAAACCUUUACAAAUCACAACACGACAUUUAAUUCUCAAUGAGAAACUCAUUUCAUUUGAUGAAGUGAAAAUCUAUGAAUUAAAUUUAACAAAACUACCAGAUCCAUAUCGAACGAUUCCUUGUACCGAACAAAGUUGGCCAGCGAUGGCAACGAACGAUCGUUUUCUUCUAGUUGAUCAAUAUCCAAACAUUAUUUUGUUGAAUCAUGAUUUGAAAAUUAUCAAACAGAUUUCUUGGCCACACGCAUUUAUCAGAAGUAUUUGUUGGUCGUCAACAGCGAAUAAAUUCGUUAUUAUUAAUAAAGAAAAAGAAGUCUUUUUCUUGGAUGAAAAUUGUUUAUCAAUCGAACGUAUUCAAACUAUUGAAGAGCAAUAUUGGUGGUCGUGUGUGUGCUCUGAUACGUCUUUGUUUCUGACGAAUACAACAAUGGGAACAAGUAUUUAUCAAUUUAAUCUUUUAUCUUCAUGUCAAUUGACUCAACGAUGGAAACCACCGUAUUCGUGUAAACAACAUGAAUAUAUUGAUGAUAUUUCAUAUCAAAAUGGAACAUUAGCCUUAGUUAUUAAGGUUUCAUCGAAUAACACUGUACAUUUAGAUCUUCGUUCAUCGCAAACGCUCGAACGACUUUGGUCAACUCAGUUGAAUAUCAAGAAAAGUUGGUUUCAACAAACUAUUCGUUGUUGUUCGUUGAAAUAUGGUGAAUGGCUUGUGGUCGAAGGAAACACUUCACAUUUAUUUCAUAUAUUAAAAAAUGGAAAAAUGAAAAUUACAGAAGAAUAUAAACCAUCACCGAUGAAUGCGCUUCUUUUCGGCUCAAAUAUUUUCAUUGUGCGAACAAAAGACAAUGUCAUUUUUCAUCGACUAUGA